UCACUCCAACAGUAUCUCUCCCUACAGUAUCAUUGCCUACAGUAUCACUCCCUACAGUAUCACUCCCUACAGUAUCACUCCCUACAGUAUCAUUGCCUACAGUAUCUCUCCCUACAGUAUCACUCCCUACAGUAUCACUCCCUACAGUAUCUCUCGCCUACAGUAAUCAUUACCUACAGUAUCAUUACCUACAUAUCACUCCUUACAGUAUCACCUCCAAACAGUAUCACUCCCCUAACAGUAUCACUCCCUACAGUAUCUCUCCCUACAGUAUCAUUACCUACAGUAUCAUUACCUACAGUAUCACUCCCUACAGUAUCACUCCCUACAGUAUCACUCCCUACAGUAUCUCUCCCUACAGUAUCACUCCCUACAGUAUCUCUCCCUACAGUAUCACUCCAAACAGUAUCACUCCCUACAGUAUCUCUCCCUACAGUAUCACUCCCUACAGUAUCACUCCCUACAGUAUCACUCCCUACAGUAUCACUCCCUACAGUAUCACUCCCUACAGUAUCACUACCUACAGUAUCUCUCCCUACAGUAUCAUUGCCUACAGUAUCACUCCCUACAGUAUCACUCCCUACAGUAUCACUCCCUACAGUAUCACUCCCUACAGUAUCUCUCCCUACAGUAUCAUUACCUACAGUAUCAUUACCUACAGUAUCACUCCUUACAUUAUCACUCCCUACAGUAUCUCUCCCUACAGUAUCACUCCCUACAGUAUCACUCCCUACAGUAUCACUCCCUACAGUAUCACUCCCUACAGUAUCUCUCCCUACAGUAUCACUCCCUACAGUAUCUCACCCUACAGUAUCAUUGCCUACAGUAUCACUCCCUACAGUAUCAUUGCCUACAGUAUCACUCCCUACAGUAUCAUUACCUACAGUAUCACUCCCUACAGUAUCACUCCCUACAGUAUCAUUGCCUACAGUAUCACUCCCUACAGUAUCAUUGCCUACAGUAUCUCUCCCUACAGUAUCAUUGCCUACAGUAUCACUCCCCUACAGUAUCACCCCUCUACAGUACUUCCCUACAUAUCAUGCCUACAUAUACAUCCCUACAGUAUCUCUCCCUACAGUAUCACUCCCUACAGUAUCAUGCCUACAGUAUCACUCCCUACAGUAUCACUCCCUACAGUAAUCACUCCCUACGUAUCUCUCCCUACAGUAUCACUCCCUACAGUAUCUCUCCCUACAGUAUCAUUGCCUACAGUAUCACUCCCUACAGUAUCAUUGCCUACAGUAUCUCUCCCUACAGUAUCAUUGCCUACAGUAUCACUCCCUACAGUAUCCCUCCCUACAGUAAUCCUCCUACAGUAUCAUUGCCUACAGUAUCAUCCCUACAGUAUCACUCCCUACAGUAAUCUCUCCCUACAGUAUCUCUCCCUACAGUAUCACCUCCCUACAGUAAUCACUCCCUACAGUAUCGCUCCCUACAGUUAUCAUUGCCUACAGUAUCACUCCCUACAGUAUCACUCCCUACAGUAUCCUCCCUACAGUAUCUCUCCCUACAGUCAUCAUUCCCUACAGUAUCAUCUCCUACAGUAUCACUCCCUACAGUAUCUCUGCCUACAGUAUCACUCCCUACAGUAUCAUUGCCUACAGUAUCACUCCCUACAGUAUCACUCCCUACGUAUCCUCCCUACAGUAUCAUUGCCCUACAGUAUCACUCCCUACAGUAUCUCUCCCUACAGUAAUCACUCCCUACAGUAUCAUUACCUACAGUAUCACUCCCUACAGUAUCACUCCCUACAGUAUCACUCCCUACAGUAUCACCCUCAACCCUACAUAUCACUCCCUACAGUAUCAUUGCCUACAGUAUCACUCCCUACAGUAUCACUCCCUACAGUAUCAUUCCCUACAGUAUCAUCCUACAGUAUCACGUCCCUACAGUAUCACUCCCUACAGUAUCAUUCCUACAGUAUCAUCUCCCUACAGUAUCAUCCCUACAGUAUCUCUCCCUACAGUAUCACUCCUACAGUAUCCUCCCUACAUAUCAUUCCCUACAGUAUCUCCCCUACAGUAUCAUUACCUCAGUAUCUCUCCCUACAGUAUCACUCCCUACAGUAUCACUCCCUACAGUAUCAUCCCUACAGUAUCACCCCUACAGUAUCUCUCCCUACAGUAUCAUUGCCUACAGUAUCACUCCCUACAGUAUCAUUGCCUACAGUAUCUCUCCCUACAGUAUCAUUGCCUACAGUAUCACUCCCUACAGUAUCACUCCCUACAGUAUCCUCCCUACAGUAUCACUCCCUACAGUAUCACUCCCUACAGUAUCAUUACUCAUUCUCUUAUCUACAGUAUCACUCCCUACAGUAUCACUCCUACAGUAUCACUUCACCUACAGUAUCCUCCCUACAGUAUCACUCCCUACAGUAUCACUCCCUACAGUAUCUACUUGCCUACAGUAUCUCUCCCUACAGUAUCAUUGCCUACAGUAUCCUCCCUACAGUAUCAUUCCUACAGUAUCCCUCCCUACAGUAUCACUCCCUACAGUAUCACUCCCUACAGUAUCAUCUCCCUACAGUAUCACUCCCUACAGUAUCACUCCCUACAGUAUCACUCCCUACAGUAUCACUCCCUACAGUAUCACUCCCUACAGUAUCACUCCCUACAGUAUCACUCCCUACAGUAUCUCUCCCUACAGUAUCAUUGCCUACAGUAUCACUCCCUACAGUAUCAUUGCCUACAGUAUCUCUCCCUACAGUAUCAUUGCCUACAGUAUCACUCCCUACAGUAUCACUCCCUACAGUAUCCCUCCCUACAGAAUCACUCCCUACAGUAUCACUCCCUACAGUAUCACUCCUACAGUAUCCUUCCCUACAGUAUUCACUCCCUACGUAUCACUCCCUACAUAUCAUCCUCAGUUCACUGCCUACAGUAUCACUCCCUACAGUAUCAUUCCUACAGUAUCUCUCCCUACAGUAUCAUUGCCUACAGUAUCACUCCCUCAGUAUCACGUCCCUACAGUAUCCUCCUACAGUAUCACUCCCUACAUAUCACUCCCUACAGUAUCUCUCCCUACAGUAUCAUCUCCCUACAGUCAUCACCCCUACAGUACACUCCCUACAGUAUCAUACCUGCAGUAUCACUCCCUACAGUAUCACUCCCUACAGUAUCACUCCCUACAGUAUACUCCUACAGUAUCCUCCCCUACAGUAUCAUUGCCUGCAGUAUCACUCCCUACAGUAUCACUCCCUACAGUAUCCUCCCUACAGUAUCACUCCCCUACAGUAUCCCUCCCUACAGUAUCUCCUCCCUACAGUAUCACUCCCUACAGUAUCACUCCUACAGUAUCACUCCCUACAGUAUCACUCCCUACAGUAUCCUCCCUACAGUACAUUGCCUUACAGUAUCACUCCCUACAGUACUCCCAAUUACCUACAGUAUCUCACAGACCCCCUACAGUAUCAUUGCCUACAGUAUCACUCCCUACAGUAUCACUCCCUACAUAUCAUUACCUGCAGUAUCACUCCCUACAGUAUCACUCCCUACAGUAUCACUCCUACAGUAUCACUCCCUACAGUAUCACUCCCUACGUAUCUCUCCCUACAGUAUCCUCCCUACAGUAUCAUCACUCCACAGUAUCUCUCCCUACCAGUAUCACUCCCUACAGUAUCACUCCCUACGUAAUCACUCCCUACAGUAUAUCACUCCUCACAGUAUCACUCCUACAGUAUCACUCCCUACAGUAUCACUCCCUACAUAUCACUUCCUACAGUAUCACUCCCUACAGUAUCACUCCCUACAGUAUCCUUCCCUACAGUAUCUCUCCCUACAGUAUCCUCCCUCCCUACAGUAUCACUCCCUACAGUAUCACUACCUCAGUAUCACUCCCUACAGUAUCAUUCCUACAGUAUCACUCCCUACAGUAUCACUCCCUACAGUAUCACUCCCUACAGUAUCACUCCUACAGUAUCAUUCCUACAGUAUCACUCCCUACAGUAUCACUUCCUACAGUAUACUCUCCCUACAGUAUCUCUCCCUACAGUAUCACUCUCCCUACAGUAUCAUUCCUACAGUAUCAUUCCUACAGUAUCACUCCCUACAGUAUCACUCCCUACAUAUCACUCCCUACAGUAUCACUCCCUACAGUAUCAUUACCUCAGUAUCACUCCCUACAGUAUCACUCCCUACAGUAUCCUCCCUACAGUAUCUCUCCCUACAGUAUCAUCCCUACAGUAUCACUCCCUACAGUAUCAUCCCUACAAGUAUCACUCCCUACAUAUCACUCCCUACAGUAUCACUCCCUACAGUAUCAUUACCUGCAGUAUCCUCCCUACAGUAUCACUCCCUACAGUAUCACUCCCUACAGUAUCUCUCCCUACAGUAUCAUUCCCACCACUCCUACAGAUCACUCCCUACAGUAUCACUCCACUACGUAUCACUCCUACAGUAUCACUCCCUACAGUAUCUCUCCCUACAGUAUCCUCCCUACAGUAUCAUUCCUGCAGUAUCACUCCCUACAGUAUCUCUCCCUACAGUAUCACUCCCUACAGUAUCACUCCCUACAGUAUCACUCCCUACAGUAUCACUCCCUACAGUAUCUCUCCCUACAGUAUCUUACCUCUCAGUAUCACUCCCUACAGUAUCAUACCUCAGUAUCCUCCCCUACAGUAUCAUUCUCCUCAGUAUCACUCCCUACAGUAUCACUCCCUACAGUAUCACUCCCUACAGUAUCUCUCCCGUAUCAUAUGCAUCUCACCUCAGUACACUCCCUACGUAUCCUCCCACGUAUCAUUCCCUACAGUAUCACUCCCUACAGUAUCACUCCCUACAGUAUCACUCCCCUCCCUACAGUAUCAUUACCUGUACCUCAGUAUCCCUGAUCUCCCUACAGUAUCACUCCCUACAGUUCUCUCCCUACUUCUCUCCCCUACAGUAAUCAACUCUCCCUACAGAAUCACUCCCUACAGUAUCACUCCCUACAGUAUCUCUCCCUACAGUAUCACUCCCUACAGUAUCACUCCCUACAGUAUCUCUCCCUACAGUAUCAUUACCUGCAGUAUCACUCCCUACAGUAUCACUCACUACAGUAUCACUCCCUACAGUAUCUCUCCCUACAAUAUAAUUACCUACAGAAUCACUCCCUACAGUAUCACUCACUACAGUAUCACUUCCUACAGUAUCAGUCCCUCACUCCCUACACUAUCAUUACCUGCAGUAUCACUCCUUACAGUAUCAUUACCUGCAGUAUCAUUACCUGCAGUAUCACUCCCUACAGUAUUACUCCCUACAGUAUCUCUCCCUACAGUAUCCCUCCCUACAGUAUCACUCCCUACAGUAUCCCUCCCUACAGUAUCACUCCUUACAGUAUCAUUACCUGCAGUAUCUCUCCCUACAGUAUCCCUCCCUACAGUAUCACUCCCUACAGUAUCCCUCCCUACAGUAUCACUCCUUACAGUAUCAUUACCUGCAGUAUCACUCCCUACAGUAUCAUUGCCUACAGUAUCACUCCCUACAGUAUCACUCCUUACAGUAUCAUUACCUGCAGUAUCACUCCCUACAGUAUCAUUGCCUACAGUAUCUCUCCCUACAGUAUCACUCCUUACAGUAUCAUUACCUGCAGUAUCAUUACCUGCAGUAUCACUCCCUACAGUAUUACUCCCUACAGUAUCUCUCCCUACAGUAUCCCUCCCUACAGUAUCACUCCCUACAGUAUCACUCCCUACAGUAUCAUUGCCUACAGUAUCCUCCCUACAGUAUCACUCCUUACAGUAUCAUUACCUGCAGUAUCAUUACCUGCAGUAUCACUCCCUACCGUAUCACUCCCUACAGUAUCUCUCCCUACAGUAUCACUCCUUACAGUAUCAUUACCUGCAGUAUCAUUACCUGCAGUAUCACUCCCUACCGUAUCACUCCCUACAGUAUCUCUCCCUACAGUAUCACUCCCUACAGUAUCAUUACCUGCAGUAUCACUCCCUACAGUAUCAUUGCCUACAGUAUCUCUCCCUACAGUAUAUCUCCCUACAGUAUCACUCCCUACAGUAUCACUCCCUACAGUAUCUCUCCCUACAGUAUCACUCCCUACAGUAUCUCUCCCUACAGUAUCUCUCCCUACAGUAUCACUCCCUACAGUAUCUCUCCCUACAGUAUCACUCCCUACAGUAUCACUCCCUACAGUAUCACUCCCUACAGUAUUACUCCCUACAGUAUCACUCCCUACAGUAUCACUCCCUACAAUAUCAUUACCUACAGAAUCACUCCCUACAGUAUCACUUCCUACAGUAUCACUCCCUACAGUAUCACUUCCUACAGUAUCACUCCCUACAGUAUCACUCCCUACAGUAUUACUCCCUACAAUAUCAUUACCUACAGUAUCACUCCCUACAGUAUCACUCCCUACAAUAUAAUUACCUACAGUAUCACUCCCUACAGUAUCUCUCCCUACAGUAUCACUCCCUACAGUAUCACUUCCUACAGUAUCACUCCCUACAGUAUCACUCCCUACAGUAUCAUUACCUGCAGUAUCACUCCCUACAGUAUCACUCCCUACAGUAUCACUCCCUACAGUAUCACUCCCUACAGUAUCAUUACCUGCAGUAUCACUUCCUACAGUAUCACUCCCUACAGUAUCACUCCCUACAGUAUCAUUGCCUACAGUAUCACUCCCUACAGUAUCACUCCCUACAGUAUCAUUACCUACAGUAUCACUCCCUACAGUAUCACUUCCCUACAGUAUCACUCCCUACAGUAUCAUUACCCUCACUAUACACUUCCUACAGUAUCACUCCCUACAGAUAUCACUCCCUACAGUAUCAUUGCCUACAGUAUCACUCCCUACAGUAUCACUCCCUACAGUAUCACUCCCUACAGUAUCACUCCCUACAGUAUCACUCCCUACAGUAUCAUUACCUGCAGUAUCACUUCCUACAGUAUCACUCCCUACAGUAUCACUCCCUACAGUAUCAUUGCCUACAGUAUCAUUGCCUACAGUAUCACUCCCUACAGUAUCACUCCCUACAGUAUCAUUACCUACAGUAUCACUCCCUACAGUAUCACUCCCUACAGUAUCACUCCCUACAGUAUCACUCCCUACAGUAUCAUUGCCUACAGUAUCACUCCCUACAGUAUCACUCCCUACAGUAUCACUCCCUACAGUAUCAUUGCCUACAGUAUCACUCCCUACAGUAUCACUCCCUACAGUAUCAUUACCUACAGUAUCACUCCCUACAGUAUCACUCCCUACAGUAUCAUUACCUACAGUAUCACUCCCUACAGUAUCACUCCCUACAGUAUCAUUGCCUACAGUAUCACUCCCUACAGUAUCACUUCCUACAGUAUCUCUCCCUACAGUAUCACUCCCUACAGUAUCCUCCCUACAGUAUCAUUACCUGCAGUAUCCCUCCCUACAGUAUCAUUACCUACAGUAUCACUCCCUACAAUAUCAUUACCUACAGUAUCACUCCCUACAGUAUCCUCCCUACAGUAUCAUUACCUGAAGUAUCACUCCCUACAGUAUCAUUGCCUACAGUAUCACUCCCUACAGUAUCACUCCCUACAGUAUCAUUACCUACAGUAUCCUCCCUACAGUAUCACUCCCUACAGUAUCCUCCCUACAGUAUCAUUACCUACAGUAUCCUCCCUACAGUAUCACUCCCUACAGUAUCCUCCCUACAGUAUCACUCCCUACAGUAUCAUUGCCUACAGUAUCACUCCCUACAGUAUCAUUACCUACAGUAUCCUCCCUACAGUAUCACUCCCUACAGUAUCCUCCCUACAGUAUCACUCCCUACAGUAUCAUUGCCUACAGUAUCCUCCCUACAGUAUCUCUCCCUACAGUAUCACUCCCUACAGUAUCCUCCUUACAGUAUCAUUGCCUACAGUAUCACUCCCUACAGUAUCACUCCCUACAGUAUCAUUACCUACAGUAUCCUCCCUACAGUAUCACUCCCUACAGUAUCCUCCCUACAGUAUCAUUACCUACAGUAUCCUCCCUACAGUAUCACUCCCUACAGUAUCAUUACCUACAGUAUCCUCCCUACAGUAUCACUCCCUACAGUAUCCUCCCUACAGUAUCACUCCCUACAGUAUCAUUGCCUACAGUAUCACUCCCUACAGUAUCAUUACCUACAGUAUCCUCCCUACAGUAUCACUCCCUACAGUAUCCUCCCUACAGUAUCACUCCCUACAGUAUCAUUGCCUACAGUAUCCUCCCUACAGUAUCUCUCCCUACAGUAUCACUUCCUACAGUAUCACUCCCUACAGUAUCAUUACCUACAGUAUCCUCCCUACAGUAUCUCUCCCUACAGUAUCACUCCCUACAGUAUCCUCCCUACAGUAUCAUUACCUACAGUAUCCUCCCUACAGUAUCACUCCCUACAGUAUCCUCCCUACAGUAUCACUCCCUACAGUAUCAUUGCCUACAGUAUCACUCCCUACAGUAUCAUUACCUACAGUAUCCUCCCUACAGUAUCACUCCCUACAGUAUCAUUGCCUACAGUAUCACUCCCUACAGUAUCAUUACCUACAGUAUCCUCCCUACAGUAUCACUCCCUACAGUAUCACUCCCUACAGUAUCACUCCCUACAGUAUCCUCCCUACAGUAUCAUUACCUGCAGUAUCACUCCCUACAGUAUCUCUCCCUACAGUAUCACUCCCUACAGUAUCAUUACCUACAGUAUCUCUCCCUACAGUAUCACUACCUGCAGUAUCACUUCCUACAGUAUCACUCCCUACAGUAUCACUCCCUACAGUAUCUCUCUCUACAGUAUCUCUCCCUACAGUAUCACUCCCUACAGUAUCUCUCUCUACAGUAUCAUUACCUACAGUAUCCUCCCUACAGUAUCACUCCCUACAGUAUCACUCCCUACAGUAUCACUCCCUACAGUAUCAUUGCCUACAGUAUCUCUCCCUACAGUAUCUCUCCCUACAGUAUCAUUACCUACAGUAUCCUCACUACAGUAUCACUCCCUACAGUAUCAUUACCUGCAGUAUCACUCCCUACAGUAUCACUCCCUACAGUAUCAUUACCUACAGUAUCACUCCCUACAGUAUCAUUACCUACAGUAUCCUCACUACAGUAUCACUCCCUACAGUAUCAUUACCUACAGUAUCCUCACUACAGUAUCACUCCCUACAGUAUCAUUACCUGCAGUAUCACUCCCUACAGUAUCACUCCCUACAGUAUCAUUACCUACAGUAUCACUCCCUACAGUAUCACUCCCUACAGUAUCACUCCCUACAGUAUCACUCCCUACAGUAUCAUUACCUACAGUAUCACUCCCUACAGUAUCACUCCCUACAGUAUCACUCCCUACAGUAUCACUCCCUACAGUAUCACUCCCUACAGUAUCACUCCCUACAGUAUCAUUACCUACAGUAUCACUCCCUACAGUAUCACUCCCUACAGUAUCACUCUCUACAGUAUCAUUACCUACAGUAUCACUCCCUACAGUAUCACUCCCUACAGUAUCAUUACCUACAGUAUCCUCCCUACAGUAUCACUCCCUACAGUAUCACUCCCUACAGUAUCACUCCCUACAGUAUCACUCCCUACAGUAUAACUUCCUACAGUAUCACUCCCUACAGUAUCACUCCCUACAGUAUCACUCCCUACAGUAUCAUUACCUACAGUAUCCUCCCUACAGUAUCACUCCCUACAGUAUCCCUCCCUACAGUAUCACUCCCUACAGUAUCACUCCCUACAGUAUCACUCCCUACAGUAUCAUUACCUACAGUAUCCUCCCUACAGUAUCACUCCCUACAGUAUCAUUACCUACAGUAUCACUCCCUACAGUAUCACUCCCUACAGUAUCACUCCCUACAGUAUCACUCCCUACAGUAUCACUCCCUACAGUAUCAUUGCCUACAGUAUCAUUACCUACAGUAUCCCUCCCUACAGUAUCACUCCCUACAGGUUGACAUGGCCUUGGUCUCUGCUCCUCUCUCCUCAGGUUGGUUUCGGCAGUGCAGUAUCAUUAGCUACAGUAAAGAUGUGGACCUGGGCAUCUGGAUUAAAGACUACAGACAUGAUAUCACUCAAGCUUUUCAAAAGGCUGGCCUUCCGUUAAAACACAAGUUUGGA